AUGCCUGACUUCCGGGUCAUCGUUAGCUUCCUGAAACCAAAUUCUCGCUCUACCGAUGCCGCAACACUAGACAAUGAGCCACCGGAGGCAUCGGAGACGUCUCCCUUGCUCUCGUCGGAAUCCGAGCGCGCGCCGGUCACUGAAGCUUCGCCAUUGCUUUCUGAAGCCAAUCAUGGCCAAGAGAGUGAAGAUGGCGAAAGCGACAGCUUAAACAAGCCUCCGAAGAAGUCAGGAAGCCGCCUACGAUGGCCCUCAAUUAUCGCCAUUGCAGUCUUGGCCGCCCUCACUGUGGUAGUCAUGGUCCUGGGUUUCCUCGUCCCUCCUGCCGUCAAGACCUACGCUGAGACUGCUGCCGUUAUCGAACCAACCGGCCUAUCUCUCGAAUCUCUCACUCCAGAUAGCGUUCGUGUGCGAAUUCAAGCCAAUUUCAAGUUGGACGGCGCUCGAGUUCAAGAUGCCACAGCAAGACGCCUCGGCAGACUGGCAACCAGCAUCGUCAGAACCCUCGAUACCGAAGAGACAAACGUUAGCGUUCGUUUGCCCAAUUACGAUAACGCUCUCCUGGGCUCUGCCGUCGUGCCACCAUUGACUAUCAACUUGGUUGAUACAAAAACUACCGUGCUAGACUUUGUGGCAGAUCUCAGCCCUGGAGACGCCGAGAGUCUCCGCCAAAUUGUGAAUGACUGGCUAGAUGGCAAGCUUGAGCAGGUCAAGGUGACCGGUUCGACCGCACUUCGUAUCAAAACGGGCAUUUUGCCGCUUGGAACUCACGACGUGGUCGAGUCCAUGGUCUUUGAAGCCAACGAAAUCCCAUCUUUGCCCGAAUACAACAUAGACCGUCUCAACAUCCAUGACGUUCCUAUUGGUGAUGGAGGGCGGAUGGCCGUUGGGGCGAACGCAUCAAUCGUCGCAUACAACGACUAUCCCAUUGGCCUUACCGUUCCAAAGCUUGCAUUUGAUAUCCUCGUUCCCAACUGUGACCCAUCCGAACCUCCCAUCAUGAUCGCCACUGCCAUUACACAUCCAAUCGAUGUUGAGCCGCAUGCUAAUGUUACGGUCGAUGCCACCGGUGUCAUCAAUGAUCUGUCGGAAGAGCUUACCCAGGCUUGUCCUCUCACCAAAAUGUCGCCGCUCGACAACUUUUUCAAGCAUUAUAUGAAUGGCGAAGAUGCCCAGGUCUACGUCCGAGGUCAGAACUCCGAUGAGUCGGAUGUUCCAGAGUGGAUCAGAUCUUUCCUCAGCAGCGUCAUCGUUCCUUUCAGCUUCCCAGGAUCAUCGUUUGAUGAUGCUAUUCGCAACCUCUCUCUUACAGAUGUCGAUUUCAAACUUCCAAGUCCUUUUGCGGAUCCCAAUGAUCCCGACUCAAAAGCUCGUGUUUCUGGGACGAUCCAAGUUCUGGCCGUACUUCCCUCUGAGCUGAAUGUGGACAUCAGUGUCAACAGUCUCCGAGCCAGUGGUAACAUCUUUUACGAAGGCAAGAAAUUUGGCGAGUUGAAUGUGCAACAGUGGCAAAAGGCCAAUUCCAGCAAGAUGAACGACCCUGAAGACGGCCAAGCGGAGCUUGAAAUCACGUCUAGGAUCAACAAUGUGCCCCUUGACAUCACUGAUAGCGAUGUCUUCAGCGAUGUAAUGGGACAGCUUCUACUCGGCGAUGAGGAUCUUCUGCUUGACGUUGAGUCACUCGUUGACAUCAAGGUCUCAACGGUGCUUGGAGAUCUAGUUCUCAGAGAUGUCCCCGCAAAGGGCAAGAUUCCAGUAAAACAGCUUCCUGGUAAAUCGCUUACGAAACUUGACCCCCGCGUCUUCAAUCUGGUCAUCGUGAACACAACGAAACAUGCUGUUCACAUGCAGGCGUCGGUCAACUUAACGAAUCCUACGCCUUACACAGCCUUUAUUCCUUUUGCAACUGUUCACGUCUAUAAUAAAGAGCUCAUCAUUGGAGAAGUCACUGUUAGCAAUCUUGACGUACAAUUGGGAAACAACACAAAUUUGGCCGUAUCCGCUUCUUGGGAUCCGGUGUCUCUUGGCGGUGAGGAAAGUCACAAAGCCGCCGCGAAAUUGCUAUCCGACUAUCUUUCAGGCCAAAACACAACAUUGACACUCAAGACUCAUCGGGGCAGUAUUCCAGGACAGCCCAUCAUCGGUGACGCGCUCUCCAAGUUCAACAUCACGCUGCCAACACCCCGAAUCAAACUUCCGGGGGACAAGAAGCACGGCAGUAGCCAGGGUAAAAACUUUGUGAGAGAUGCCGUCUUUCAUCUUUUCUCAUCUACGGCCUCUUUCAAUCUGGCAUCACCACUCAAGCAGAAUACUAUACAUAUUGAGAUGAUAAACGCUACAGCAUAUUACAACCAUACAGAACCCGUUGGCCACAUCCUCUACGAUGAGCCCUUCGAUGCGCCCCCAGGGGUGACGGAGACUCCACGACUCCCGGUUACAUGGUCGGCAGAUAGCAUCGGUUAUGAUAAACUGAUUGAUGCCAUGGACGGCUCAUUGAAACUUGAUGCCUCGGCAAACGCGACAAUAAGGAUAGGAAACUGGAUAGAGACCGUCCAUUACGAGGGACGGGGGAUUGGAGCUAGGGUCAGGAUAUAG